CUGUAGUGCAGUAUUAGGCAAUUAUAUCAACAUAGUUACAUAAAUAAAAAAUAAAAAAUAACAAAAAGAGGAAAGAAAAGUACUAAACAGAUCGCUAGAAUAAAGGCAUGCCAAUAGAGAAACUCAGUAGGGAGGGGGCUUUAACCACAGCAAGUCCUCUAUCUCCUUUGCCAUCCAUUUGCACAAACCAACUCCUCUCUAUUCAUCCAUAAAAUAUAAAGGAAUAAAUAUUUUACAUUUCUGAAAUUUUAGCUGAUUGAAUUCGAAAUGGCGUCGUUCGCAGAAGCUCCUGCUGGGAACAAAGCCGCCGGAGAGAAAAUUUUCAAAAUGAAGUGCGCUCAGUGCCACACCGUUGAGAAAGGGGCCGGCCAUAAACAAGGGCCAAAUCUGAAUGGACUGUUUGGAAGGCAAUCGGGAAUUACGCCUGGGUAUUCUUACUCUGCUGCAAACAAAAACAUGGCCGUCAAUUGGGAAGAAAAGACACUGUACGAUUACCUGCUCAACCCCAAGAAGUAUAUACCUGGAACAAAGAUGGUUUUCCCAGGACUGAAGAAGCCACAAGAACGUUCGGACCUUAUUGCAUACUUAAAGGAGUCUACAGCAAACUGAGAGUGCCACAUUUUAGUUUGCUUCUGAUUAUUCGUUUUGCAGUUGAGACUUGAGAGCAACAAUUACUUGUACGAGAAGUAGAUUUUUUUAAAAAAGGAAAAUAAAUAGAACUAAAAACCUAGUAAAGUGUAAUAAAUUAUUGGGACGAGUAUGUGUUGACAUGCCAAUAUCGUUUUUUACUCUUGAGCCUUGAGAGACUAUUCUUGUUUAAUGAAUGGAAAUAAGUUGAAGUUGUUGA